CGUGAAGACUUAUUUCAAAAUGGGAAACGGAGAAGGAACCAGACUUUCCCGCCACUUUCUUAAUACUUUCAAAACGUCCAAAUAUAUUGACGAUCAGUGACGAUGGCGUCCACCUCUGAAAUUUACACCCGGUUUUCCAGCAGCUCCGACAACUAUUACAACAUCGAGGACAUUUUAGCCUCGCAGGAGAAAGUCCCAGUCAAAACAGAACUGCCGUUGUACAACUUAGGCUUCCUGAACCCCAGUUCUGACAGCGAGCACAUCUUGCCGGGCUCCAAGAUGGAAUUACCGUUCUGGCUGGCGACAGGUCUUUGCAGUAGAAAGCGGAAGAUCGUCAGCGUGGAGCUGCCUAAGGCUUACCGGGUGGGCUACCGCGAAAUCUUCACUGCAGAUCCCAAUGUGGUGGAUUUGCACAAAACGGGGCCAUACUUCUAUUCUUUUGGAACGAAACUGCUGUGUUUUGAAAGCAAUGAGUCAGAUGAUAUUUCAAGAUCUUUACUUCAGACAUUUGUGGGCCGGUUUCGGCGCAUCAUGGACAACUCCCAGAAUGCUCUCAACGAGGACAUUACCAAACUGAUGGCCAAACUGGAUGAGAUGGAGCGCUCCCUGUUCAGAGCUGGCCAGAAGAGCCUAAUGGCUUUUCAGGAGUGGGAGACGAGGAAAAUGACAAAACUAGCCGCCUCGGGUAUGGUGACCAGCCACAGGAAGAGGAAGAGAGCCAUGAUGGAGGAGGGAGAUUGAGACUGUAUUCAAACUACAUGGCUAUGGCUGAACGGGUGGCAAUAACAUUCAUGUCUAUGAGAUGUAGCUCUAGCCAUUAGCCAUCGACACUCAGAUAUCACAUGUAUCAUUCAGUGGUGGCCAACUAAUUUAAAUGAGUCUGGCUUUAGUACCAUUCUCUGUACACUGAUUCAAGGCAUGGCAGUUGGAGAGUGACGUGACAACUUUGGUCAGCUGUGGCCUGGUCUUACACAAUCUGAAGUUUGUUAUUCCACUGCACUAUUUGACGCAUGGGAAGUGAUUGUUGUGUGGCAAGCCAGUACAUGGACUUGGGUAAAUUGCGUUAUUACUUUGUUGUGAAUAAAUCCCGACUGACACUAAAGUUUCUGCGACAAGUUCAGAUAACACUUGACCUUUUUUCGCCAACUGCACUGUGAUGGAGAGACCAUUUGUAGUUCACAAGUAUCCAACUUGAAGUUUACUAGAAAGAUGAAUUUCAGUAUGUGCUUGUGGAUAACAUUCUUUUACCAAGCCAGGAUCUUUGUGUGUAAAUCAAUGGUGUAAGUGGCAUUUAACCCUAACACUCCUCAAUCCUUCACCUGUUGGAGGACUGAGGAGUGUUAGGGUUAAUGCUUCAGUCUUUCAUUCAGCUACUACUGGUGAGGAGGCCCCAUUAAGCAUAGAACGAGCAAUACCGAUUAUUGACUGAAAUUACCCUCAUCGAAACUGGGAAACAAAUCAAGACGAAAACUAACACGCUACAAGACUGAGUUUCCUUUUAUUUUAGAAAAUGAUUUACAAAUUUUAGUAUUACAGAAUAAAUGUGCAUGCAUAUUGGAUAAAAAACUGCAUAAUUUGCAUUUUAAAAGUAAACCUUGAAAGAUCAUUCAAAAUCCACACAGUCGAAAAAUUCACGGGAACAUGUCAGGGAGGUUCAACACCGCCACUAUUUC